CCGGCGGAUGCAAAUCUGACGGAAGCGGCGCAGCCUCUGCGACGUCAUAUAACAACCCACUUGCGUAGUCCAGUGCAUGUCAAUAUCUACAAUGUCUAUCAGAUCUUCUGACAUACUCUUGAUCAUCGUGAGUUGCGCAGAGGACAGUUCAUUCUAAUGUGAAGAGGAUGACUGAACUUUCGCAACCGCAUUCAUGGCUUACUCAGGUUGACAUCAUCUUCCCUCCAGCAGCUGCUGCGUUCGUCACUGGUUGCUCCUGUGACCUCCUGAUCAACAUACUCCUUACCCUUUUGGGAUACCUUCCUGGACUUAUCCAUGGGUUCUGGCUAAUUUACAGGAAAAUUCAAGCUGAGGAGCGAUAUGGUCGGGGGGGCUACUUGUACGUUGGGAAUGGAGAAUAUGCUCCCGCAUACCAACAAGUUCCUGCUCAGCAGCCAACUCAUUACGGCGCCACUAAUGUAUAAUAGUUCGGUCGUUGUUUCUCGUUCCGUAUCUCG